AUUUGAAGCUGGUCUGUCAAGUGAACGAAACGCUAUACGUCCUGCCCAAUAAACUUCUCGUUAGGCCUCUCAUUUGUACCAAGGAAAUAUAAAGAUUGUAUCGCGUGCAUAGAAAUACAAUAUUUGAAAAUGAAAGUUGGAUAUAGUCAGCUAUGAAAUGUUUAAGCGGUUGCAGUUUCGAAUAUGUAAUAUUUCCAAGGCCCCCAUUUUCUUCUACUUCUACGACGACAUUCUGAUAUUCCAAAGGUUUGGAUGUUCCACAAAGGUCUUAAUUAUAUACAGAGUGUGCGUGCAGAUCACCGAACGUCAAAAACAGUAAAAUAGAGUAUAAAGUGGAAUUUAGUGACGAUAGGAGUCUCGGGGAAUGUGAAUUAAAGCCAAUCACACGAGAAGGAGCUGGAUGUUCAGAUAUCUGCAGGAAUUAUAUAGAUAAAAAUAGCCUCACGCACACGAAGAUGUGGUUGGAUCGACACUAACUCUCAGGGCUCUGUGCCGUCUCGGCAAAUUCAACCGAUACACAUCAAGCAGUCACUAUUUUAAAGUUGAUAGCCUAUUAUACAUCGGGCUCCUGUGGAUCGUGCAUUUUUUAUAUUAAGUGGUCAAUAUUCAAACAUUUGAAAAAUGGCCGACGUAACUGAUGAUUGGAAUCUCGCAAAUGCAGAAUCUGGAGAAUAUCGAUGGAUGAACUUGUCAAUGGAAAACUCCAGUGCCAAUAGCCUGUCUUAUAUUUUAACCGAAAGGGAGGUUAUAGCUAACAGUGUAUUCUAUGCGGUAAUGAUACCAUUAGCAAUAACGGGUAACAUGUUGUCUAUUGCUGUUUCGUCCAAGAUACUUACAAAGAAAAAAAGUUCCACUGAUCUUCUGAUAGGAUUUCUAGCGUUCAGUGAUUUACUUAACGUAUUCGGGAUUCAUACGUUUUCCGUCGUUAGCUUAGUGGCCGGGCACUGGGUCGGCGGUGUGCUUGUUUGUGGCAUUCAGUACUACAUGUCCUGGUCUUGUCUGAAAUUUUCGUUCUUCAUACUCGUGAUGUUAACCGUAGAUCGAUACAUAGCUCUUGUAAAACCUCUACGUUAUCGAUCUAUGGUAACUUCAUAUCGGAUCAAACUUGGAAUUAUGAUUAUAUUUAUAUUUAGCUUCGGCAGUUCAUUGGUAACUGUAAUCGGUUAUUCGGAUACGAUCGGGAUCAUAAAAGGCUGGUAUAUCUGUAUGAAUAACUGGUCAACGUCUUCGACUUAUUACAUCGCCAUUCUUGUCAUAUAUGGAUUGACAUACGUUUUGGGACUUACGGUUUUCAACUAUUGCAAUAUUGUCGUGGCGAUCCAGCUCUGUCGUUAUUCUAAUAAAGGAAAAUCCUGUUGUAACUCAGGAGGGCAAUCUGCCAUAUUGCAGAACAACUUAAGUGUGCUGGGAAAACGUCAGAAGAAAGAGCGGAAAGCGGCACGAAUAAUACUGUUGAUCAGUCUGAUGUUUGUCAUCUUCUGGUCUCCAUAUCUCGUUACAAUCAUCUUGGCACAAAUUGGCACCUUGGUUGAACAAGACUUUAUGGUGACUGCUCUUCGUCUCUUGUUCGCCAACACUUUCAUUAAUCCGAUCGUCUAUGCUUGCUUCAAUACUACCUAUAGAAGAGGAUUCCUGUAUUUCAUUAAAUUAUUUCUCUAUUAUUUAUUCUGUAAGAGUUAUACAAAACCACUCGACGAUAAUAUUUUCUUUGAACGAAGAAGUUGGCGCCAGGAAGUGAUUCGAGUCAUGAAAUCCAAAUCAUCAAUCAACGGCAUGACGACCAAUAGGAAAUCUAUUGAUGAAACGGAACGUUCACUUGAUUUCCUCCCAGACGUCAUAACGUCAUCAUCAGCGCAAACGAACGAACCAGAAUCUGUGCAUAAUAAUAAUGAUGAAGUUCACAGUGAUCAGGUGACGAACACUUUGCCAAGUACCACCAGAAUGCAAAACAGUGACGAACUUGGUAUCGAAAAUAUGGCGUUGGAUCUUACAGAUGAUAUAUCCACUAUCAGUGUGACGUUUAAUGUUGACCAAGAUACUACACACCAGUGUUUGAACCAAGAAUCUUAUGAUACAUGCCUUUGAAUUAUCUUGCCUUCAAUUAAGUAAUAAAUAAGUUUGAAAAGACCCAAUAGGCGUGAAGCACAGAGAAUUAUUAUCAGAAGAAUAUGUCUGGAAAACACUGUGGUCGAUAACACUUCCAGACGAUAAACAGUUUAUUAAAGAAAAAUAUAUUGAUGAAAUUGAGAUUCAAACCAAAGUUCCUCCAACUAUCUUUAUAUUGGGAUUUGUGAAUGGUUUAUAUAUUUAUUUUAUGAUUUAUUUUGUGUAAAUGUCAAUGAAAGUUGUUUAUGAUGAUGAUUAAAAUGACAAUGAUGAGAAUGAGGAUGAUGACGGUGAUGUUCACGACGGUGAUACUGGUGACGAUGGUGGUGGUGGUGCUGCUUCUGCUGAUGAUGAUCUUAAUAUUGAAUUUUGUGUGAUAAUUAUAAUAGUUACCACCUAUAACAGAAAAAAAGGAUAUUUUGUGACAAUCAGAAAAGAAUAAUGAAUCGUCUUUGUUUUGAUAAUUGCAGUUGCUGUUGAACAAAAUGGAAUAAAUUGUUUAGCGAAGUUGAAUUCGGUUUCAAAUCAAAUAUCAGUAAUUGAAUUUCAAGUAAAUCGAUAGGUGAAUACGGGUCAGAAAUAAACGGUUUGGUCAGACUGAUGGUAUUACGUACAACGAUGCUAAUCAACGAUAUAAUUGGAAAGUACCGUACGUUUACUAAACUGAAGCAACCUCGGUACUUGCAGCUGUUUCAAUAGCCCUAAUAUUGUUUUUAUUCUCUAAAUUUCUAAUAAAUAUGUGACGUAUAUAAUAACAUAUGCCAACUAAAAAAUGUUACAUAACAUAAUAAUUUUUUAUUAGAUUUUGGAAGGUGGUUCGGA